UCAUUGAACGUCUGAAAUUCAACUUAUCAUCUUUACCACUCUGCAAUCUCCUUAACAUCUCUUCAGCAGCAUGUGCUACAGAAUGUGUUAUGUUUUUGACCGGUGCUCUUUUUCAGAAAAGCCGUUUGUGCAGUGUGUUGAUUUUUAUAUUUCUAUCCCAGCUGCAUAGCGAUGGACAUUCUAGUUCAGACCAAGAUUCCAGCUUGGACCGUUGGAGGGGAAUGAGAUCUGCCUUGAGUCUGAGAGAUGAUUUUGCAGAUUCUGAAACGUUCCAUCAAUCCCUGGAAGCACUGUUGACCUGGGUCUGUGAGAUAGAAGAGCUGACAGCCAAUCAGAAGCCUCCAUCUUCAGAGGUCAAAGUGGUGAAAGCACAGCUACAAGAGCAGAAGCUCCUGCAGCGCCUCCUGGAGGACCGGAGGCAUAGUAUGGAGACCAUGAUGCUGGAGGGCCCUCAUAUGGCCGAGGUCUUCCCAGGCAAGGAGGGGGAGCAGGCCAGGGUCCAGCUUUCCACUCUCAGACACAAAUGGGAGGCCUUACUGGUAGAUGCCGUGAACAGGCGGGGCAGUCUGGAGCUCAUCCUGCCCAGGGCAAAGCUCUUCCAGGAGAGGGUGGACAGCCUGCAGCAAUGGCUCAUCUCUGUGGAGCAGGACCUGGCCGAGCUACGCAAUGCUGAGAGGGAAAUGCUACACCUCCCCGAGGGUACGGAGAAAGCCAAGGCUGUGGUGGAAGAGAUCAAGGCGAAAAACACUGACUUGGUGAAAAUUCAACAGAGCGGUCAUGAUCUCAAGGAGAUGAUUUCAGAGGAGGAAGCCCAGCAGGUGCAGGAGCGUGUGGACAGCCUGAGGAUACGCUGCUCAGUGUUGAGCCUGACCAGUGGUGACGUGCUGCAGAGACUGGAGCAGGCCCUGGAGGCAUCCAGCCGCUGCACCUCCAGCCAGGAAGACCUCCACCUGUGGCUGGGCCGCAUCGAGAGGGAACUGCUGGGGCCUGCUGGGGGGCAGACUGGGGGUGGAGACACGGUGCUCUGUGCUGCAGAGAGACAGAGGUUGGAGCAGGCUGUGGUGAAGGAGAUGGCCUGGUUCAGAGACACUGCCCUGAGCCUGGAGCAACUCAAAGCUAUUACUCUGGAGCCUGAGCAUAUCUCUGCCCAACUCUAUGAACAGAAGAUCCUUGCGGUGGAGAUUCUGCAACACAAGUUCAACAUUGAGAAGAUGGUGAAGAUCGCUGAAAUCUUGCAGACAUACGGUGAUGAAGGGGAAAUAGGGGACCUGCAGAUCCCAUUGGAUGCCUUACAGGAACAAUGCAACACCACAUCAGCCACCAACUCCCAUGUGGUCCUGCAGCUGGAGCAUGCCCAGUCCCUCUUGGUCCAGUUCACUGAGGGCCUUGCUGAGGUGUCACCGUGGCUACAGGAAACCCAAGCGCUCAUUGGCCAGCUCUCCCUGAGCACCAUUAGCUACAAGGCAUUCCGAGAACAACAGGACCUCUUACAGGGCCUAAGGGAGUCCAUAGCAGAGCAUAGACCUCUGAUAGCACGGCUGUGCUCGCUGGGGAAACGUCUGUCAGAGCUUAGUCCCGCCCAGGGGAAGGAGUUAUGUCAUAGCGCCACAGAGCUUAAGGAGCAGCACAGGGCCAUCAGGGACAGGGUCAGAGAGGCUGCCAAUCUACUGGAAGAGUCCCUGCCCAGAUACACACAGUUGAAUGAGAGGAUGACGCUGAUUAGAGAGAGUCUGGAUGGUCUGCUUGGUCACAUGCAGUCCCCAGCCUCUCUGCAGGGUCAGACCCCACGCAUCCAGGAGCAGCUACAGGACAACAAGCACACUCUGGCUGAGCUCUCCAAGCUGGAACUGGGCCUACGGAGUAUAGGGACCCAGGCUGAUGAGCUCCUGGCCAACACACAGGCAGCUGGGGACGCCUCCAUUGGUACAGCAAUCCAGGAACGGGUGUCCAGCCUGACUCAGCAGUGGGAGGAGGCUCAGAGGCAGGCUCAGGAGAGAGAAGGCUGGCUGCUCAACCUGCUGGACCUGGCUCUCAAGUUCUGGAGCGAUGUUAGUGAUGCGACGGCCGGCCUGCACGAUGCCCAACAGGCUGUCCUGGACCUGAACGCCAGCAGGACAGACUCAGAGACCAUCCGCCAGAGCCUGGAGACUAUGCAGACACUCAGGGAGGACAUCGACAGUCUACAGGGGGACCUGGACACGCUUGGCAUUCUGGGAAUGGACCUGAUGUCAGCAUGUGGGGAUACAGACAAACCUGAUGUCACCAAGAGCUUAGAUGAGCUCUACUGCACAUGGAACAACCUGAGUAAACUCUGGAGUGAGUGUCACAAAACACUGGAGGAAUCUUUACAGAUGGCUCUACAUUACCAGGACACCAUGCAGGGGCUUUUCGAGUGGCUCAAGUCAGCAGAGCUGAGAUCCACAGAGGAGUUCUUGGUAGGAACUGACCUGGAGUCAGUCAAAGAGCAGCUGUGUGAUCUCAAGGAGUUUAAACGGGAGCUAUACCAGAAGAAGAUCGAGAUGGAGAGCCUGAACCACCGCUUUGUGUGCAGGCUGUCUCCAGGCUCUGAGCGUCCCGGAUCUGUCUCUCCCUUGUGUGACUUCAGACAGCGCUGGGACAGCCUGGAGGCAGAGACUGUCAGCAGACAGCAUCAGCUGGAGUGUUCCCUGCUGGGUCUGGGUCAGUUCCAGAACACUCUGGAUGAGCUGCACACCUGGCUCGCCCACACAGCCGACCUCCUCCAGGGCAGUCGGCCAAUCAGCAUCGACCUGCAGGCAUGCGAGAUAGAGCUGGCCAAACACAAGGUGCUGCGUAAUGACGUCAUGUCCCACAUGCGUACGGUGGAGUCUUUGAACCAGGCGGGGCGGGGCCUAUUGGAGGUGGGGACUGGGGACAGCCCUCACGGUCUGCACCCACAGCUGGAGCAGCUGAAUGAACGCUGGGAGUUUGUCCGCUGUGAGACAGAGCGCAGACAGCUGGAGCUGGAGAACAACCUCAGUCAGGUCCAAGAUGUUACAAUGGAGAUCCAGGAUCUUCUUCAGUGGUUGGAGAACACAGACCUCAGGCUGUCCUCCAGUAAGACAGUGUGGGGGAUGCCUGACUUUGCCAGCGAGAGGCUCAACGCACAUCUGGAGCUGUGUAACGAGAUGGACUCCAAGCUCCAUGCCUACACAGACGUGAGGAACGCCAUCCGCAGGAUGUUGGAGAGCGGCAACGUGACCCGGGGCUCCAGCACGGAACACAGCCUCUGUAUCCUGGAGCAGAAGUGGACUACCGUCUACGGGAAAGUACAGGACCGCAAGGCUAAGCUAACCGAAGGGUUGAGCCUGGCAAAGGAGUUCCACUGUAAUGUCCAGGAGCUGCUGACCAGGAUGGCCAAGUAUGAGGAGGCCAUAGGAGACCUGCCUGCCCCCAGCUUCGUCCUGGACACAGUCUGUGGCCAGCUUCAAGAACACCGGACUCUGGUGAGUGAGGUGAACUGCUACGGUGAGAAGAAGACAGUGGUGGAGACUGCAGGCUCCAGGCUGACCGAGCUGAGCAGGAAGGAGGACUGUAACGUGGUUCACAACCUGAUCAUGACCGUACAGGACCGCUACAGGAAGCUUCACCAGUGCACCACAGAGAGGGGCCGAACACUAGAGGACGUCAAGAAGAAUGCAAAACAGUUCAGUGAAUCUUGGCGCCUCCUAGUGGACUGGAUGACUGAGGUGGAGCAGACGCUGGACACACAUAAAGAGAUCGCCGCGGACCACGAGGAAAUUAAACUGCAGCUCACCGAACAGAAGGACUUCCAGAAGCUUCUGCGCUCGAAGCGACCUAUGUACGAGGCCACUCUAAAGAGUGGGCGGGGCCUCCAUGAGAGGUCUCAGAGCGCCCAGGACAGACAGCACCUGGAGAACCUGCUCUCUGAGCUCCGGGACUCAUGGGAUACCAUCAGUGGCAAAUCCAUGGAAAGGCAACACAAACUGGAGGAGGCACUGCUGUUUUCAGGCAGAUUCACAGACGCCCUUCAAGCCUUGAAUGACUGGUUAUACAGAGCAGAGCCACAGCUGGCUGAAGACGUACCUGUCAGUGGGGAAAAAGACAUGGUCAACAAUCUGAUCGACAAGCACAAGGUGUUCCAGAAGGAGUUGGGGAAGCGAGCCGGGUGCAUUAGGACCCUGAAGCGCUCGGUGAGGGACCUGACCAGGAGCAGCACUGCUGAUGCCCAUUGGUUGCAGGAGCAGAUGGACGAAUUGGAGGGACGCUGGGAGGAUGUGUGUAAACUGUCCGUAUCCAAGCAGGCCAGGCUGGAGGCAGCCCUUCAACAGGCUGAGAAGUUUGACAGGAUGGUCCACUCCUUCCUGGAGCAUCUGGCGGAGGCAGAGAGGGUGCUGAAGUACGGGGUCAUCCCUGAGGAGGAGGAAGCUCUGCUGGCCUUUCGCAAACAACAUGAGGUGUCAAUCACUUCCCUGAGCUUCCAGGAGAUGGAGCUAGAGAGCAUCCAGUGUCUGAGUGAGGAAAUCCUGUCCUCCUGUCACCCAGACUCCAUCAUCACACUCAAGUCCUGGAUCAACGUCACCAAGACCCGCUACGAAGAGGUGCAGACUUGGGCCCAGCAGCAGGGCCAGAGGAUCCAGGCCAGCCUGUCUGCUCUGGAGGAUGAGCGGGAGAAUCUGCAGCGCCUACUGGACUGGAUCUCAUCCGCCGAGGAGGCCCUCGACCUCAGAGACCAGGAGCCACCGGCUGAAAGCAUAGAACACAACCAGGAACUCAUCGUCCAACACAUGGUAUUCAUGGAGGAGCUGAACCGAAAACUACCAGAUGUAGAACAUGCCACAAAAUCCUGCAAACAGAAGCUGAUCCCCAAACAGCAGGCUUCGCCGUGCCGCAAGGCACUGACAAAGAGGAGGAGCACUCUGAAACUCCAGCCUAUAGUAAUCCCUCUCCCCCUGGAGAACCUGAACCCUCAGACCCCUCAGCUGAGUCAGCUGGUCAGCCACUGGCAGAAACUCUGGCUCCUGGCUCUGGCCAGACAGGGCCGCCUAGAGCAGCACGAGCAGAGGCUCCAAGAGAUGGAGGAAUUUGCGAACUUUGACUUCAACGUCUGGCGAAAGCGCUACAUGCAGUGGAUCAGCCACCUCAAGUCUCGGAUCCUAGAUGUGUUCCGAAACAUCGACAGGGACCAGGAUGGACGAAUCAGCAAGAAGGAGUUAAUCGACAAUGUCCUGGCAUCCAAAUUCCCCACCAACUCCCUGGAGAUGAAUGCAGUGGCCAAUAUCUUUGACAUGAAUGGGGACGGCUUCAUUGACUACUAUGAGUUUGUGAGUGCCCUCCAUCCCAGCCGGGAUCCCUACAGGAGGACGCUAGAUGCAGAUCAGAUCAACGAGGAGGUGAGUCGACAGGUGUCUCAGUGCAACUGUCCCAAGAGGUUCCAGGUGGAGCAGAUCAGUGCCAACCGCUACAGGUUUGGGGAUUCCCAACAGUUGCGGAUGGUGCGUAUCCUGCGCAGUACCCUGAUGGUACGAGUGGGAGGAGGUUGGACAGCACUUGAUGAAUUCCUGGUCAAGAAUGACCCUUGUAGAGUGAAAGGUCGGACGAACCUAAAGAUAAAGGAGAAGUAUUUAUUCGACAACUCCCAGAAAGGAGGCUCGUCUAAAACUCUGACGGUCAGCAGGUCCAACUCCAGCCUGAGUCUCUACAGCAGCGCCUCGGCUCCAAGCAGCCCCCUAACACGCAAAGCCUUACUGCGGAGGAGUCUCUCAGGCGACCGCUGCAUCCGGCCCAGGAGCUCCAUAGCUGCUCUGGGGUCAGAUCUACAGUUCUCCACUGCGGAUGAGGAUUCUUUUUUGCAAUCAGAGGAAGCUGAAAGACUGCCCACAUGAUGAGGAAGGUAUGUCCACAAUGCGCAUCAUGUGAACGCUACAGUGAUGAGCUCCACUACAGCCUUGGGGUCCAGAGAGAGAGAGACCAACAAGACAAGGCCUCAGUCACAAGCCCAUAGACUGCCACUAAGGGGAACUCCACAAUCUUCAGAAGUGAUACAAAAGGGCCUGAUUCUCUAUUGGACACUGUGUUUGUAGGCUCUGUGAAGAGCCUCUGAUUGUUCAGCUAGGGAUAUGGACAUGACCUCUGACCUAAACCUGGACAUAUCCCACUACACUCCUCUCUGAGUCAUUGUAUUGAUAUAGUCGUCAUUUCGAUCAUCUAUAUCAAUAUGCAACUUCAACACUGGUUUUCCGAAUUUGACAGAGUCCGAGGAUAGAGAUACUGGAACAGUCUGCAUGGAUACACAUUGCAUGACGGUUAUCAGUAUAGAUUACAAUCUAGCUUCAAUAUUUGUUUCACCCUGUGCCCUUAUAAUGAUGUCAGGGCAAGCUGCGAUCAAGCAACGAUGUGGCCUGAAGCUAAAUCACAAAACUCCACAAGAACAAACACAUGUAUUAGCAGAAACUGGGUUUUCAUUUUCGAAGCUAUAUAAAGUCAGGAUUUCAUCAGCGACUGUCAUAAUUAGUUCCUUUAUGUUACUGUGUGUAGUGCAUUUCUCCUUUUAAAUAAGUGUGUCUGUAAAAUGCGCUCACAUGCAAAUUCGUGAAGGUGUGCUAGUAUGCCCUGUGUUUAGUAACAAGACACAGACCGUCCAAAAGAUGACUCCAAAAAACCUACACAGCCAAUGAAUGGUUCCAUCAUCUUUCACCGUGGUAAUUAUUUUUCCACGACAUAAUAGGAAACACUAGCUUGGUCCCAGAUCUGCUUGUACUGUUUCGCCAACAACGUCCAUAGUAGUUGGCAAGCCAGCACAAACAGAUCUGGGGCCAGGCUAAGGAAACACUGCUGGCGGGGCCCACAUUGCUAUUUCAUGUUUCCACUUUAACCUGAACUGUUGCUACACUGUUAAAGAUUUAUUUUUGACGUCCUGUUCAAGUAUUGUUUUAAAUGCUACAUUUUAAGAUCAAAAAAUGUAUGAAGAUGCGUCAUUAUUUUGUUGAGAUUAUUUUCUCAGGUUUGGUUUUGCCUUUUGAUGUUUAGGGGUUCAAUGUUUAAGUGGAACAUUACUGUGAUAUUGUAGAUGUACUUUUUAUGUUACUGCUGUAUAGUUACUGGAGGUUUUAUAUGGCAAGUUAUGUUCUUCACACAUUAACUUCUCCCCCUGAAAUGCACUUUUUAUUUACUGAACUACAGUCAGUGCAUCGGUUUGGUUCUGUAUGUGUGUGUGUGUGUGUGUGGUGACACAUUUUCUGAUUUCAUUCACUUAGCUUCAGUGUUUAGGACUAGAGAAAUAGACUGAUGUUUAUUUUAUUUACGAUGAACAACUGUAUUUCUACAGGGUUUCACGGGGUGUGACCCUCCCAAAAUACAAAAGUGUAGUUCUCAAUGAGAUCUUGACUUUCUUUCUUCCAUUCGGGUCUUAAUACGGACUAUUUUAUGCAAACCAACAUAUUAAUUUACAGUUGAAGUCGGGAAUUUACAUAAACUCGUUUUUCAACCACUCCAAAAAUGUAUUGUAAA